AUGUCCAAAGAUUUCUCAGAUAAAAAGAAACAUACGAUAGAUCGAAUUGAUCAGCAUAUCCUCCGUAGGUCCCAACACGAUGCACAUUCCAAUGGAAGUUCUCCGUGGAUGAAGGUAAACUUACCACCACCUCCAUCUCCACAAGCUCAAAUGCAUAUACGAAGCGAUCUAUCACCAACACCGAAGAGACGAAAGCUAGCGUCUUCAAGCAAUUGUGAGAAUAAACAAUCUGAUUUAUCAACAACUAACACGAAUUCAUAUUCAGAAGAUGCAGGAAAUAGACUAAUGCAGAGUCUUCCCGAGUUGUCCGCCUCUAAUAGUGAUAAUGUAUCUCCGGUUACAAAAAGUGUAGCUUUUUCUGAUAGACUAGAAUCAUCACCACUUCAUCACGUACCGGGCUCCUCACCUAAACCUUCCCCAUCAAGCAAACCAGGAAAAUCAAUUUUGAGAAACAGAAUGCCUUCGGUGAGGACAGUAAGUGACUUGAGCUACAAUAAACUCCAAUACACUCAACACAAAUUGCACAAUGGUAAUAUUUUCACAUCACCUUAUAAGGAAACCAUCGGAUUAAAUCCUCAUUCUUUAAAUUAUUGGGUGAGCGGUGAGAUUCAUAGUUUAAUCGAUAAUGAAAGUGUUUCAGAGUUCAAAGAGAUUAUAGAGGGCGGAUUAGGCAUCCUGCGCCAAGAAUCUGAAGAAUACGUCGCGAGGAAGUUUGAGGUGUAUGCAACAUUUAAUAAUAUUAUACCCAUUUUAACUACUAAAAAUGUUAACGAGGUUGAUCAGAAAUUCAACGUUCUAAUUGUGAAUAUAGAAAGUAUUAUUGAAGUAUGCAUACCACAUCUACUGACGGCACAAGAUACAUUACUAAGUAGCAGCGAAAAAAAAAAUCCAUUUGUGAUUAGACUAUAUGUUCAAAUAGUUCGAUUCUUCGGUGCUAUUAUGUCCAAUUUCAAGAUCGUAAGGUGGCUAACGAAAAGGCCGGAUUUGGUUAAUAAAUUAAAAGCUAUUUACAGAUGGACCACCGAUGCACUAAAAAAUGAAAAUUCAAAUAAGAUAAUUAUAACGGCACAAGUUUCUUUCUUAAGAGAUGAGAAAUUCGGUACUUUUUUUUUGAGCAACGAAGAAAUCAAGCCUAUCAUCAGUACUUUCACUAAAAUAAUGGAAAUCAAUAGCCACAACCUGAUAUACGAAAAAUUGCUGCUUAUAAGGGGAUUUUUAAGCAAGUAUCCAAAAUUAAUGAUUGAGACAGUAACUUCUUGGUUACCAGGUGAGGUCUUACCUAGAAUUAUCAUCGGAGAUGAAGUUUACUCCAUGAAAAUUCUCAUAACUUCAAUAGUUGUUUUACUAGAACUGCUAAAAAAAUGCUUAGAUUUCGUUGAUGAGCAUGAAAGAAUUUACCAGUGUGUCGUGCUAUCUCCAAUAACCGAAACAAUCCCGGAAAAAUUCUUAUCUAAGCUACCGUUGAACUCAAGUGAGACCGCUGAUUUGAGUAAAGUGACAAUUGGUCAUCUUCUGACAAAACAGAUAAAAAACUAUAUUGUGGUUAAAAACGACAAUAAGCUAGCAAUGGAUUUGUGGCUUUCAAUGACUGGGUUGCUAUAUGAUAACGGAAAAAGAGUAUAUGAUCUGACAUCAGAUUCCAACAAGGGUUGGUUUAGUUUGAAUAAUCUGUGCUUUAUCAAUAACCAACCCAAGACCCGCUUAAUGUCCAUUAAAGUUUGGAGAAUUAUUACCUACUGCAUCUGCACAAAAAUAUCAUUGAAAAAUCAGGAAGGAAACAAAAUGUUACUGUCACUUUUGCAAACCCCUUUUCAAAUGACGUUGCCAUAUGUGAAUGAUCCAAGUACUAGAGAAGGAAUCAUCUAUCACCUUUUAGGUGUUGUUUAUACUGCAUUUACAAGUAAUAAAAAUCUGUCAGCAGAUAUGUUUGAAUUAUUUUGGGACCAUCUAAUAGCACCAAUUUAUGAAGAUUAUGUUUUCAAGUAUGAUUCUAUUCACUUACAGAAUGUACUCCUCACAGUUCUACAUUUACUAAUUGGGGGAAAGAAUGCAGAUGUUGCGUUGGAAAGAAAAAAUAAAAAGCAUAUUCACUCGAUGAGUGUAAUAGCCUCGGAAGGUGUGAAACUCAAAGACAUAUCAAGCCUGCCCUCGCAGAUCAUCAAGUCUGCAUACGAUAAAAUCAUGAAAGUUGUGUUUCAAGCCGUUGAAGCAGCUAUUUCUAAUGUUAAUUUGGCCCACGAUUUGAUUCUUACGUCUUUGAAACACCUUCCAGAGGAUAAGAAGGAUCAAAUCCAUUUGGAAGCAUUCAGUAGUCUGAUAUUAAAAGUUGCUCAAAAUAAUAAAGAUAAGCCUAUUUUUCGCGACUUUUAUGGGGCUGUAAUUCCAUCCUUUGUUUAUGCAUUUUUGGACCUGUUUUUAAGGAAACAUGAUUCAUCAUUGAUAAAUUUCAAUAUUCAAUUUUCAAAAGUUGGUAUUUUGCAAGGAAACAUGACUCUAGACCUCUUGAAAGAAGUUAUCCGGAAAGCUCGAAAUGAAACGUCUGAAUUUUUGAUAAUAGAAAAGUUUCUAGAGUUGGAAGAUAAGAAAACUGAAGUAUACGCUCAAAAUUGGGUUGGAUCAACGCUACUACCACCAAAUAUAUCCUUCAGAGAAUUUCAGAGUUUGGCCAAUAUUGUGGAUAAAGUCCCGAAUGAAAACUCCAUUGAGAAUUUUUUGGACCUGUGUUUGAAACUCAGCUUUCCAGUUAAUCUGUUUACACUACUUCACGUAUCCAAGUGGUCAAACAAUAAUUUUAUUUAUUUCAUUCAAAGCUAUGUUUCAAAAAACGAAAACAGAUUGAACGCGGAUCUCAUUACGCUUCUAAAAACUUCUUUACCAGGGAAUCCUGAACUGUUUUUCGGACUACUCCCAUUUUUGAGGAAUAACAAUUUUAUUGAUAUAUUGGAGUAUUGUAUUUGUUCCAACCCAACUUUGUUAAACUCCAUCCCCGAUCUAGAUUCAGAUUUCCUAAUAAAACUAUUGCCACGGAGUAGAGCAUCCUAUUUUGCAGCAAACAUGAAAUUAUUCAAAUCUUCUGAACAGCUUACACUAAUUCGUUGGCUGUUGAAGGGCCAACAGCUUGACCAGCUAAAUCAAAAUUUUUCAGAAAUCGAAAGCGUUUUACAAAAUGCCCCUGAUAGCGAGCUAGAAAAAUCAGAAAUAAUCGGAGAGCUUCUUUGUCUGACAACCAGAAACCCUAUUGAACCAUUAUUUAGUGGCCUAUUGUAUUUUUGUUUAAAGAAUAGCAUGACGGACCAUUUAGAUGAGUUCUGUGGAAAAGUGACUGACGAAGUACUUUUGAAAAUAAAUCCGGAGCUGCUGUUAAAAUUACUGACGUAUAAUGACAAGCCAAAUGGGAAGUUACUGACAGCAGUUACUGAAAAGAUUGGGAAUGCAGAUAACGAUUAUAUAUUGGAGCUGCUUGAAAAAAUCAUUGCGCAGAAAGAGAUCCAACUUUUGGAGAAAUUAAAGGAGCCGCUAUUAGUUUUCUUUCUAAAUCCAGUUAGGUCCAAUAAGCAAAAACAUGAGAAGAGUGCGAAUAUGCUCCGUGAAUUGGUCUUGCUAUAUCUGACUAAACCGCUUUCUAGAAGUGCGGCCAAAAAAUUUUUUUCCAUGUUAAUUAGUAUAUUACCGCCAAAUCCUAACCGUCAAACUAUUGAUAUGGUUGCUCUAUUAAUUGACCUCAUCAAAUCACAUAAUCGUAAGUUCAAAGAUAAAAGAACCUAUAAUGCGACAUUAAAGACGAUAGGUAAGUGGAUACAGGAAUCGGAUGUAGUUCAUCAAGGAGACUCAAGCAAAGAAAUUGACACGACACCUAACGCUAACUCGACAUAUGUACCACAUGGAGAGAGCGAAAAGGAGGUUUCAAACUUACACAGAAAAGCAGAUUUUGAAGAUAUUCAGGUUCCCGCUACGCAGGGGAUAAAGGACCCUCCCUCUUCAUAUCAAUUAUCUUCCCAACUUGAUGCAAAAAAUUCCGGGACGAUAAAACUUAAAAAUAUUCCAAUAAUGAAUUUAGCACAGCAAGAAACACUUGCUAAGCGAAGCAGGUCAUUUGCUGAUGAAACACUAGAAGAAGUGGAUAAUGAAAGCGCCAGAGAAAUACAUCAGCAGAUGAAGAGUACGCAGUUAGAUGAAAACACUGUCAAUCGUACCAGCAUCCAUUUUACUAAAAGCGAUGAGACGGAAGUUAGCGAGCUUCAUGAAGAUGACAACGAUACGCACUCCUCUGGAGCGAACGCAUACAAACAGACAGAAGUUUUCACUGGUGAACUCAGGGAAGUAACAAAUAAGUUCUUUAAACCGAAUCCUGAUCACAACUCGGUUAAUAGUGAUAAUUUUCUGCAACGUUCUGCCGAAGAAACACCUAUAUCUGAAGACAAAACUUCGAAAGGUCAUGAAGAGGCGGCGAACGUUUUACCUCCUGAGGAGGAAGCGGUGUCACUAAGCACUGAAGUUGUACGUACUAAUGUCAAGAGCGUGGCUAACGAAGAAUCUUUGUUAACCCUAAGAAAUAGCCAAAAAAUAGAUCCGAAGUGUAGUGAACGUUCAUUAACGGCCACUUUAAGUCUUGACAAGCAAACCGUAACAGAAAAGAAGGGAAAUGAACAAGAGGAAAAAGAUCAAAGCCUGGAGAAGAAGGAAAGUAUGAAUAUCAUUGAUAAUGAAAGUCCUACAGAAGACAAUAUCACACAAAACAAAACUGUGAAGAAAACCGCCUCUCAUAAUAAUGAGAAUGAAGACAAAAACUGGACUUAUAAUGUUGAGCAAACCUUGCCAGCUAUGAACGAGGGGAUGGGUGAUGGAAUUCAUACCUCGAGUGAGGCCAUAUUUCUCAAUAAUUCAAAACAAACGGAAAAAUCAAAAGCGGAUGCCUUGCAUUAUAAUGAAGAUGAACAUGGUAUGGCUACGGGAGAGAACCGUCAAUCAGAUGAAAUAAACAGUGUGAACCAAAAUGCCAAGAAAAUAGACAGCAUCCAAAUUCAAAGUGUCGAAGAAGAAUCUAGGAAAGCUGUUACGAUCGAAGAAAGUCUCAGCGAACGCUUAGAAGGUUGCGGAACACUUGAGCCCAUUAAAAAUCUGGAGGGACAACUUAAAGAAGAUAAGAAAGCCAAUAUUAAUGACGAUUUUGUUCCAGUUGAAGAGGAUGGCAGAGACGAGGGCUUUUUAAAAGCGAUGGAGCAAGUAGCAUCUAAAGAGACAAGUCUUCUGAAAGAACAACCUGAAGUGGCAGAUAUUUCAGUGUUACCGGAAAUACGUAUACCCAUUUUCAAUUCACUAAAAAUACAGGAAUCAAAGAGCCAAAUAAAAGAGAAAUUGAAAAAAAGAUUGCAAAGAAAUGAGUUAAUGCCGCCAGAUUCACCUCCCCGCCUCGCAGCAAAUACGAAUAUCAUAGGACGCAAUGGCUUAGGCACAGCGCCCAAAGCAAUAGGUGGAAAAGAAGAAAAACAUGGCGAAAUUCAAUUGGCCCAAGCGCACACAGAAGCUGAUGCUGAUCCUUCAUUGGUGGGAGAUGGCAACGAAGACGCUACAUCUAGGGAGGCUACACCCUCACUGAAGGCACACUUUUCCUCGAAAAAGUCGAGAAGGUUGGUAGGCAGAUUGAGGGGGUUCACACCAGGGGACUUAAACGGGAUAUCUGUGGAGGAAAGAAGAAACUUGAGGAUUGAAUUACUAGAUUUCAUGAUGAGGCUCGAAUAUUACUCAAACAGGGACAAUGAUAUGGGCUGA